AUGACAUCAUUAAAACCUUCACAAACGUUUUGGGGAAGUGAUAUUUCUAGAGUUCGCCUCCAGCGGUCGCUUGUCGUUGGGUUCAUCGGCAUGCUUUUCAUAUUGCUUUUGCUAUUUUACGCUGAGGAUUCGAACCAUAUUUUCUUUUCACCCUCGAUGACUUCCAAAGAUAAAAUGGGAGAUAUUUUUGUUCGAACCACAGGGCCUCGAGUCGUUAUCUUUGUUAUAAGUGACAGAAUUGAUGAUACGCUUUGCUAUUCAGUGGGCUCAGCCUACCUAAGCGGGCUGCCCGUGGUGGUAGCCGGCUAUCAAAUGCCGUACAAUGGAUUUUUAUCCAAGUUCGACUUCAUGGAAAGUGCCAUCAAGAAUGCGCAGCUGAAUCUGGAAGAUGUCGUUAUUAUAAUAGAUUCCGACACGAUUUUUACAGGUGUAGACAUUCAUCCCUUUAUCGAUCGUUUCAUCGCCCAGUCCGCCGCGGCGCCGGAGGAGUUAGACACGCUAGCCGUGCGGCAGGACCGUGCAAUGGCGCCUAUCGUAGCUAACGCGGAGGAUUGUUGUUGGGCACCGAAUCUAUACCUCAACAGUGAGGAUUGUGCAGUUGGGUAUGAAGCGGUUUAUGAAAAGGUUCGUGCGCACGCGGCCGCACACCCGGAGCAUAAGCUUGUUUUGCCUUUUGACCAAUCACCGUAUCGCCAUCCUAACUCUGGUGUUGUAAUUGUCCGUGUGUGGGCAAAAUAG